AUGCAGCUCUCCACGAGAGUGUUGGCUUCCUUACUCGCGGUCGCCGGCCUCGCCGCGACGGCUGCCGGGCUAAGGUUCGAGGUGACGAACAACGCGACGACGACCCCCGGCGGGCAGCGCUUCGACCGGGAGUACGGCGUGGGCCUCGCGGAGCAGGUCCUGGCGGAGGCCUCCUGCUUCGUCUGGAAGAUCUUCAACCAGUCGGCGCCCGCGGACCGGAGGCCCGCCGUGGACGACCGCGUGAAGCUCGUCGUGAACUUCGUGAACACCAACAUCCUGGCCUUCGAGCGCGACAGCGAGAGCAGCAUCACGCUGAACGCGGGCUACGUGAACAACAUCACCGGCGGCGGCGGCGAGGUGAGGACGCUGGUGACGGGGCUGCUGUACCACGAGGUGACGCACGUGUGGCAGUGGGGGCAGCAGGACACGAGCUCGGCCCACUCGUGGGUCUACGAGGGGGUCGCCGACUUCGUCCGCCUCCGUGCGGGCUACGCGGCGCCGUACUGGGUGCAGCCGGGGCAGGGGAGCAGCUGGGACGAUAGCUAUUCCGCUACGGCGUGGUUCCUCGACUACUGCGACGAGCUGAGGCCGGGGUUCGUGGCGGCGCUCAACGAGAGGCUCAAGGACGGGUACAGCGACGACGACUUCCUGCAGAUUAUGGGCAAGCCCGUGCAGGAGCUCUGGAGGGACUACAAGGCCAAGUACGGAGGCUAG